AUGCGUUGCACUCAUUUGUUGGCAGCAUUGAUUGCUGCUCAUAUCACAGCUGCAAAACCACUUGCAAAACUGCCUGGUGAGGACGGUAUUAACGAUAUCGAUAAUAAUAUUCCCGACUCCACGGGCCCGCCUAGUGAUGGCUCAAAUGGCCAGCCUCUUAAGAAUCCGCAUCAGAACCUUGAGGCUGGAGCGAGUACAGUUCCGUAUUCUAACGGGUUAACCCUGGGUCAAGGGUACAAUACCUACCUGCAGGAGGGCUGUAUGAAUGGUGCAGUAGACGUAACGGGCUCUACCAACGCACCCGGUCAAGUCACGAUUGAGUAUCGUGCGAUUCAAAUUACUGAAUAUUCGCAAAUUAUCAAGGAGCUAGGGAUUAGCGCUAGUCUCGGUAUCCAGUACCUUGAUGAUAGUGUAGAAGUCUCCGGCAAAAUGCUGGAUAAGUCUACUAUUUCGUGGAAGGAGGUGCGCUUUAUGCUCAGGGCCAAGGUAGCUUUUGGCAUGUUUGGAGUCGGUGUUAGCGUUAGCACCGAAAUGAAGAAGGCCUCUGAGUUUCUUUCGAAGAACUCAAAAGUCACUUCGGAAAUGUUUUGGGUCGGCGCGCCUCCUAAAGAUGCCAAGUCUGGCGUUCUUGAACAGAUGAAAUCCUUGCAGUCAGGCGAGGCUAGCCUCCUUGAUAUUAAGAGCAUAUCUGAUAAGUUCAUUGCAGAAGCUGGGGACCAUCAGUGGAAGCGAUACGCACUUGUCGAGCGCUAUGAUCAAGUUUUCAACUUUAAAGAUGAGUUCACGCCUCUGGACUACUCUGACGCAAUUGAGCAGACUUGGGCAGUGUUUGACGACUAUGCAACUUACGAUAGCAUGCAACGAAUGCUCAAGACCAUCAAAUUACCUGAGACUCUCCAGCAAAAGCAGGUAGAGCUACGGAACGCUGUUCUCAAGGCUAAAGAUGCAGUCAAGAUAUGGAUCAACAAUGUUUCCAAAGACCCAAGUAAGGCUACAGCCAAGCCUUCUUACCAAUCUCCGGAUGAGUUUCUUGGAAGUGUAAUGAUUAUCGAUGAUAAAUUGCGCACAGAUAUCGGCAAGACAACAGCCAUGUUCAACAUUCGAGGCGUCCCAUUCCCUGGCGUUACUGGUACUAGCAAGCUCACAUUCGGACACGAAGAUGGUGAGCCCUGGUGGGAUAUAACCACUGAUGGAACUUUGCCUGCGAAUUUUAAGGAGCAAAGCCAUGUGUGGCUUUUAAACAAGAAGACACCAACUUACUCUCAGCCCAUCUAUGUCUACAAAGUCAUUGAUAAAGAAAAGGGCUGGUGGAACAGGAUUGAUGUCAACAAAGCUUUACCAUCGAACCCCACGGACAUUGGCCUUAAUCUUAGGUUCUUCACCAAAGCAGAAUAA